AUGGCUUCAUUGGCAAAAAUGAACUUGGAAGAACGGCUUGAUUUGUGCCGUAAAUAUUUUAUAAUUGGAUUUUUUGCAUUACCUUUUGUGUGGCUAGCCAAUGUCUUGUGGUUUGGGCCUGCGAUUUGGAAGAAAAAGCUGGUAGAGAUGGAUAACAUAGAAAAAAGGAUGAUCAAGUGUAAGUUUUUGCUUGAUUGAAGUGUUUUUAUUGUUUAGGAGUUGCUGCUUGUUCAAGACGUGAAGUUUAUACGUUCUUCUAGCUUAUAAUGUUUGCUGGAUAUUAAAGUCAAGCUUAUAUUUGGUGAAACGCAUCUAAACAUCUUGUUUUAGACCUCGUUCUCUCCUUCAUUGGUUUCAUAAUGUGGGCAAUUGGAUUAUUGAUAUGGACCUACGUUUAUUCACAAGCUAGAGUUAACAGAGAGCAAUGGGCCGAAUCUCUGACGUUUUUGUUCCCUAUGGGCCGGGUAUAG